GCAGGACCAAUAGCAAUAAUGAAAACUCUGAUGAUCCUGCUGACUCUCCCGAUAAUGAUAAUCCUGAUGAUCCUGAUGAAGAAUAUGAACCUAUUGCCAGAUCUAAUAACUUCCCGAAUAAAGCGUAUCAUAUGUGGUCUUAUACAAAAAGAGUUUCAACUAGAACUAGUUUAUCUACAGAAAAGCAAAAAGAAGUUGUUAAAGAAGGAGCCGAAGUUGAUAAAGAAAAGCAAAAAGAAGUUAGCAAAGAAAGAGCUGAAGUUGAUAAAGAAAAGCAAAAAGAAGUUGGUAAAAAAGAAGCUGAAAUUGAUAAAGGAAAGCAGAAAGAAAUUGUUGAACCCUAUAGAAAUCUUUCUUUAAUAUCGGAAGGAAAAACUUCUAGAGUUCCUAAUUAUCAAGAGUCCAAUAUCAGCGUAUCUGAUGUUAACUAUCAAGAUUCUAAUGCUGAUGAUACUGAAAUUAUAGAGACUCUUGCAAAUACUGAAAUUUUUCUACAAUGUUUAUUAGAACUAGAAGAACCAGAAGAGCAGGAGAAGGAAA